AUGCAAGACGGACACAUUAUAACGGUCUUGGACAACUUCUUCACGGGAGAAAAAGGAAAUAUAUACCGUUGGGUUGGCCACCCUCGGUUUGAGUUGAUUCAUCAUGAUGUUUCAAAUCCGAUUUUUCUUGAAGCCGAUGAGGUUUACCACCUAGCAUCUCCAGCUUCUCCUCCAAAUUACAUGGCAAACCCUAUCAAAACAAUGAAAGCCAAUCUUCUUGGAUCGAUAAAUCUAUUAGGGCUUGCUCGACGCGUUGGAGCCAAAUUUCUUUUCGCCUCUUCGUCCGAAAUCUAUGGAGACCCAAGCGCGCAUCCGCAGUCCGAAACAUACUGGGGCAAUGUAAAUCCCGAUGGUCCUCGAUCUUGUUAUGAUGAGAGUAAACGGGCCUCUGAGUCCCUCGCUUAUGCUUAUCUUAGGAAGGAAGGUGUCCAAGUUCGUAUCGCUCGCAUUUUUAAUACUUAUGGCCCACGCAUGCAAUUCAACGACGGCCGAGUAGUCAGUAACUUUAUUUUACAAGCAAUUUCUAAUCAGGACAUUUCCGUAAGUUGUGCGCAUUAA